ACAGGCCUGGAAACAGGAGGAUUAAACAGCCUCUCAAUUUAAAGAGACAAGGGGGAGGGGAGUGUGGGCUGCACAGUUUAUAAAUAGACACUGCUCCAAGCUGCCUGAUGAUGAAGUGGUUGUUUGGUAAAUUUUUCUUUUCUAAGGAUGCCAUUGUCAGAGACCAUCUCAGACACCAGUUCUGAGUAGUGUUCUGGGUGGGAUUCAAUAGAUCUUGGGUUAUACUUCUGUCAGGUUUCAGGGCACGCCUUUAAUAUUUUGAGUCACAUUUCCAUGGAACACAGAGAUUGUGGUGAUGAUGAUGAUGAUGAUGUGUCUUUUGCCAAGUGGAUGAGCAGCUUUUGGGGUCACAGCUGGAGAGACAAGGAUGAGCGAGGACUCCGGGACCACCACCGACCACAUGAAGCCAGCCACAGGAAGGCUUCCCUGCCCUGCCCAUUGCCUGCAUUUCCCGAUAUUACAUCACCUAACUGCCACCCUAGACGACAUUCGCAUGAAGACCAGGGAUCCCGAAGCCAGCUUCCCAUGCGGUAUCACAGAAAAUGCUCAGUGGAUGGGUCAUUCAAGGAGCCAAUGGGAUCGCAAAGAGGCGCUCAUCCCCAAAUGCAGGAAUUGUCAGAAUCCUUUGAACAGCACCUGUGCCUUCGAGCCAAGCGCUCUCCCUCUUCGGGACCCAAGGACAGGAAGGAGAGACACGAAAGACAUUGCACAGGGACUGACAUGAGAUCCCACAAGAAACUGGAGGACAGAAGGAACUCAACAAAGGAAGCACACGGAGAUGCACCCAUGGCUCCCCUUAUUGAAAAGGGACCUGAGUAAUGCUUUGUUUCCACAUCUCAGGGACAGAUGUCACUGUCUGUUCUGAG